AUGGAGCCUGCAGCGGGCCGGCUGCCUCUCCAGGUUCUGGGAGAGAAUGAGGCGCUGCAGCAGUUCUUCAGUGGUCAGGAUGUGCAUUGUGUGUUGGACAGCUCUGUUGCCGUGGAUACGAGCAUCCUGGAGCAGUACCUCAGUAAUGAACUGGACCCCAACAGCUUCAUGCUCCCUGAGUCUCCUCCGGACUCGAGCUCGGAGGCCUGUUCACCUGCACAGAUACCAGACUUCCACUACGAGGCGUCCUAUUGGUCCAACCAGCAGAACAUCCAACCAACACAACGGCCCACCUCCUCGACGUCCUGUCGCUUUAAGGCCCAAGGCCCCGCCCACCACGAGCAUCUGACCCACGAUCAGCUCCGCACUUUGGGCCUCACGAACACUUACAUCAAGUCCGGGACCUCACCUGCUCCGCUGCAGCCGCACACACACCGCUUACCUGAAAACACACACUACCUGAGUCCAGAGGGCUGCCCGCAGGUUUACACUCCUGCCCCGCCUUCUGCCCCGCCUCCUCAGCCGCCAAUGCCUCCUUCGAACAGCUACGCCGCGCCCUGCGCCGGACCCAGCCUAGUCCCAAACUUAUCCACUCCCCCUUCAACCUACCUGCUGGGCUCCACCUCAUCGCUGCACACCUGCUCCCCAGAGAGUAAAAAGAGGAGGAGAUCAGAAUCUGAGGAACCAUCGGCAGGAAUGGAGGUCGCCUGCAGUGAAGGUGACGGGACUCACGGUGAAGGUGGAGGGAACGGCGUCAGCGGUUUGGGAUCUUACCAACUCCUCACAUGGGAACACUACAGGCUGGAACAUUGGAUCACCUCUUACGACGGCAGUUACCAAACAAUGUCUCCUCCUGCCUACCACGUGGACACAGAUAAAGGCUUCAACUACUCUGCGGCUGACGAGGCCUUCGUCUGCCAGAAGAAGAACCACUUCCAGGUCACUGUUCACAUAGGCGUGGCCGCGGAGCCGGCGUACGUCAGGACACCGAGCGGUCCGCAACAAGUCGACCACUUCCAGAUUAAAGUGUUCGGGGUCAAGCUGGAGUCGCCGAGCCACCAGGUGACUAUUGAACAAUCUCAGCCCAACCGCAGCAAGAAGCCCUUCCACCCCGUCAGGGUCAGUUUACCCAGCGGCAAAAUCACCAAGGUAACGCUCGGCCGACUGCACUUCAGCGAGACGACGUCCAACAACAUGAGGAAGAAAGGCAAACCCAACCCUGACCAGAGAUAUUUCCAGAUGGUGGUUGGUCUGUACGCUGCAGUGGGAGGAGCCGAGACCUUCCUCCUCACAGCUCUGGUGUCAGAGAGAAUCAUCGUCAGGGCCUCCAACCCGGGCCAGUUCGAGAUGGACGGGGAUGCCCUGUGGCAGCGCGGGGCGCUGCAGGACGCCGUGGUCUGUCAAGGCCGCGUGGGCAUCAACACCGACUCCCCCGACGAGGCGUUAGUCGUCUGCGGCAACGCUAAGGUGAUGGGCGCCGUCAUGCAGCCGUCCGACCGCCGCGCCAAGGAGAACAUCCAGGAGGUGGACUCUGAGCAGCAGCUGAAGAGGAUCACUCAGAUGAGGAUCGUUGAGUUUGAUUAUAAACCGGAGUUCGCCUCCACCAUGGGGAUAGACCACACCCACCAGACAGGUAUCAUCGCUCAGGAGGUGAAGGAGCUGCUGCCGUCGGCGGUGACGGAGGUCGGAGAUGUUUCCUGUUCUGAUGGAGAGAAGAUUCCUCAUUUCCUCAUGGUGGACAAAGAGCAGAUCUUCAUGGAGAACGUGGGGGCGGUGCAGCAACUGUCGAAGCUCACCGACAACCUGGAGACUCGGAUUAAUGAUCUGGAGGUCUGGAACCACCGACUGGCAAAGUUGAAGAGCCUGACAGGCAGCCUGCGCUCCACCGGGAAAGCCAGGAAGCACAGCAGUGUGUCGAUGCCCUCGACUCCGGCUGCUUGUAAGGAGAGCGUUCAGAAAGCCGGCUGGAGUCAGAAGUACAAAGUCCUGCAGGCCAGCGUCUUCACCGUGGUCACCACCAUGGCUUUCUGUGUCAUCUUUAUAACCGCUCUGUACUUACUAAACUUGAGGGAGAAAGACAUUGACGACAACAGUAACAGCAAUGUGGGGCCUCUGCAGACCACCGCCGGCAGCAGCACAGUCCCCCCCACCAGCCCACCUGGCCCCUGGCCCCCGGAUGUGGACUUCUGCGACCUGCUGUACUGUGAACGGGUGUACUGCUGUGAACCACCUGCAGGGGGCAGUGCCGACUCCAACGUCUCCUCUGAUCUGAAGGAAAGAGGGAAAGAAAAACUCAACAGGCUGAAAAACGCCCGAGACUGGACGAACACCAGCAUCCAUUCCUUCAAGAUCAAAGAGAACCAGCAGCUGAUUGACAGUAAAUACUGCCUGAGAGACCAAUGUGGACCAGGUCGGUACACCUACCGGGUUCCCAUCAGCCCGUUUGUCCCGGUCAACAUGAGAGUCACUCUGCUCAUGAAUUCCACGGAGCUGCUGGUGGUGUAUCUGUGCAGCCUCGAUGAGUCGGCCUCCUGCUCCGCUCUGCUGGACAUGAACACCGUCACUGGGAGCCGAUACCCGUCAAACACUCAGGGAGAACAUGAAUGGCCUCUUCACGUCGCUCGUCUUUAUCACAGCUCGUAUCACUUUCGCUCCACAGUGGCCGGUCAAGCUAACUGCAGUACCGACCACCACUUCGCGGGGGUGCUGUUCACCGACUACCACUUCCACUUCUAUCGGCACUGCACGGACUCAGGGACGCACGUUUAAAGACAGAAAAGAAUAUUAAUAUAUUAAGUGCAAUUAACAUUAAGCAGAUUGUCAUCACGUCUGCUUUUACAUUUUUUUAAACCUGCAAAUCAAACUUUACUAAACUUUUUGUGAUACUCGUCGCUUUUGCUGAUCGAUUGUUCUGCGAAAUUGCAAAAAUGUAAAAAUGGGGUGCAGUGGAAUUUGUUUUCAUAUCAGAUUAACACAAUAUCUCCUUUUAUGUACUUUAUUUACUCUUUUAUUCUCAUUUAUGUUCCUCUUUCUGAGAAAGUGUUUAGAUAUGCAUACAUCUUUAUGUUUAUGUAUAACUAUAUUUAUAUAUUCACUUCAUUUAACAUUCGUUAGCUCUCAAUAAAAUGUCACUGGUCAGACAUUACAUUUGCGACGACGUUGGCUUUAUUUUCUCCUCAAAACCGUAAAAUUAAAAACUGAAUUACUUUAUUGUUCUGGCUUUCCUCAAAUAUUUGGCUCUAUAUGUGGAGUUCAACCUUAUUUAGACUAAACUUAAUGUGAGUAUCGUAUUCAGUCGACAUGCAAACUGUGAUGAGGCGUUUGCUGUUUUAGUUAUUGUUAUUGAUAAAGUGUAUUUACUGUAAAGUACUGAUAUUCUCUGAUGGAAUAAUAUUUACA